UGUCAAGAACAGGAGAAAGUAGAAGUUCUGCGAAUUUCUGGGUCUCCUGUUUUUUUUUUCUUGGUCGUCUUUCUUGCAAAGAAAUCGAUUGUGUUCGAGUAGAGACUAUAGAGUAGUGGGUUGAAUCAAGUUGCGAUUCUUCUGUCUGAAAAAGAGGCAGUGAGAGAUUUAGAGAUUCCAAAGUUAGGGUCUGAGGUCGGAGAACAUGGCCGGACAGGACGGGUUGGGCAACGGUGAUGGUAUGAACAGGGAAGAGGCAACCACCUCAAGAGGCCCUUUGGAGGUGGAGAAGAGUUCCAAUGGAGAGGGUAACACUGAGGACGACCAGAUACGGACGGUGCCGUUUCGCAAGCUCUUCGCAUUUGCAGAUUCAACUGAUAUCUUGCUCAUGAUUAUUGGCGCAAUUGGUGCUAUUGGGAAUGGCUUGUGUAUGCCUCUGAUGACGAUAUUGUUUGGAGAUAUGAUUAAUUCUUUUGGUGCUAACCAGACCAAUGAUGAUGUUGUCAAAGCUGUUUCAAAGGUUGCUUUGAAAUUUGUGUACUUGUCUAUUGGGGCUGGAUUUGCAUCGUUUCUCCAGGUGACUUGUUGGAUAGUCACAGGAGAGAAACAGGCGGCGCGCAUAAGGGGAUUGUACUUGAAAACCAUUUUGAGACAAGAUAUUGCUUUCUUUGAUUUGGAAACUAAUACCGGAGAGGUUAUCGGUAGAAUGUCCGGUGACACUGUUCUUAUUCAAGAUGCCAUGGGAGAGAAGGUCGGGAAAUGCAUACAGCUUUUGGCAACAUUUAUUGGAGGCUUUGCAAUAGCAUUCAUCAAGGGAUGGCUUCUUACUCUUGUCAUGUUAAGCUCUAUUCCACUCCUUGUGAUAUCCGGUGGAGUCACGUCUGUCUUGAUAUCCAAGAUGGCAACCCAAGGACAAACUUCCUAUGCAAAGGCAGCAACUGUUGUUGAACAGACAAUUGGCGCAAUCAGAACGGUUGCAUCAUUUACUGGGGAGAAGCACGCCAUUAGUGAGUAUAACAAGCUUCUUGUCAGUGCCUACAAAUCGAGUGUUUCUGAGGGCCUUGCUAAUGGAUUUGGUAUCGGCAUGGUUAUGCUGGUUGUGUUUGCGACUUAUGCUUUGGCUAUAUGGUAUGGGGGGAAAUUGAUACUGGAUAAGGGGUAUGAUGGUGGUCGAGUGCUAAAUGUUAUCAUUGCUGUCUUGACUGGAUCCAUGUCCCUGGGGCAGGCAUCCCCUUGCUUGAGUUCAUUCGCUGCUGGUCAAGCUGCUGCAUAUAAGAUGUUCGAGACGAUUAAUAGGAAGCCAGAGAUAGAUGCUUAUGAUACAAAAGGAAGAGUGUUGGAUGAUAUUCGUGGAGAUAUAGAAUUGAGGGAUGUUUAUUUCACUUAUCCUGCCAGACCAGAUGAGCAAAUUUUCCACGGAUUCUCUCUUUUCAUCUCAAGUGGCACAACUGCAGCUUUGGUUGGACAAAGUGGAAGUGGGAAGUCAACAGUGAUCAGUCUGGUCGAGAGAUUUUAUGACCCACAAGCUGGUGAAGUUCUUAUAGAUGGCAUUAACCUUAAAGAACUCCAGCUUAAGUGGAUUAGAGAGAAAAUUGGUCUUGUCAGCCAGGAACCGGCAUUGUUUACAGCCAGCAUUAGAGAAAAUAUUGCUUAUGGAAAGACAGGUGCAACGAAUGAAGAGAUCCGUGCUGCUACUGAAAUGGCAAAUGCUGCUAAAUUCAUCGAUAAAUUGCCUCAGGGAUUAGACACCAUGGUUGGUGAGCACGGAACCCAGCUAUCUGGUGGGCAGAAGCAGAGAAUUGCAAUAGCAAGAGCAAUCCUGAAGGACCCCAGAAUUUUGCUUUUAGACGAAGCAACAAGUGCACUGGAUGCUGAAUCUGAGAGGAUAGUGCAAGAGGCCUUAGACAGGAUAAUGGUCAAUCGAACCACUGUCAUCGUCGCCCAUCGUUUGACUACUGUUAGAAACGCUGAUAUGAUUGCUGUCAUUUACCGAGGGAAGAUGGUCGAGCAAGGCACACAUUCAGAACUACUCAAGGAUCCCGAAGGAGCAUACUCUCAGCUUAUACGUUUACAAGAGGGAAACAAAGAUUUGGAGGCUGAUGACCACAGGAGACCAGACCUCUCUAGUGAAUCGCUUAGACAAUCUAGUCAAAAAUUGUCAUUCACUCGAUCUAUAAGCCGUGCAUCUUCCAGAGGAAGCAGCCCCCGUUCAUUUUCAGUCUCAUUCGGUUUACCGACUGGUCUCACUGUCGCUGAUACUGCCGUGGAAGCACUUGAAGAUGCUCCACCGCCUGAUCAACGAGCCCCUGAGGUUCCACUCAGCCGUAUUGCUGCACUUAACAAGCCAGAGAUUCCAGUUCUUAUCUUGGGAGCUAUAGCUGCAGCUGUCAAUGGUUCUGUAAUGCCCAUUUUUGGUAUCCUAAUUUCAAAAGUAGUCAACGCAUUUUAUGAAACACCUGAUAAAAUGAAGAAGGAUACUAGUUUCUGGGCGUUAAUAUAUCUUCUUCUUGGAUUUGUAACCUUUCUGGCAUAUCCGUCAAUGAAUUAUUUCUUUGCUGUUGCUGGGGGUCGGUUAAUACGACGUAUCAGAGCACUAUGUUUUGAGAAGGUGGUUCACAUGGAAGUAGGUUGGUUCGAUUUACCAGAAAAUUCAAGUGGUGCAAUUGGUGCAAGACUCUCAGCAGAUGCAGCAUCGGUCCGUGCCCUAGUUGGAGAUGCAUUAGCUCAGAUGGUUCAAAAUGCUGCAACAGCAAUAGCAGGCUUGGUCAUUGCUUUCACAGCUAGCUGGGAAUUAUCACUUAUCAUCCUUGCGCUGCUUCCUCUGUUAGGAUUUAACGGAUAUGUUCAAGUAAAGUUCAUGGAAGGGUUCAGUGCAGAUUCCAAGCUGAUGUAUGAGGAAGCCAGUCAAGUUGCUAAUGACGCGGUUGGAAGUAUAAGAACAGUUGCCUCAUUCUGCGCUGAAGAGAAGGUGACGCAGCUGUACGAAAGGAAAUGCGAAGGCCCUAUGAAGACAGGGAUAAGGCAAGGCCUGAUCGGCGGAAUAGGAUUUGGACUUUCUUUCUUCUUACUGUUUAAUGUCUACGCAACCAGUUUCUAUGCUGGCGCUCAAUUUGUUAAAGCUGGCAGAAUAACGUUUGCUGAUGUUUUUCAAGUAUUUUUUGCGUUGACCAUGGCCGCUCUUGGAGUUACUUCAACAAGCUCAAUGGGUACUGAUUCCACCAAGGCCAAGAAUGCUGCUGCGUCUAUAUUUUCAAUGAUCGACCGAAAGCCAUUGAUAGACGCAAGUGAUGAGUCGGGGAUAAAAUUAGACAGAGUAAAAGGAGAAAUUGAGCUUCGACACAUAAGCUUUAGGUAUCCUGCUAGGCCGGAUAUUCAGAUUCUUCGAGACCUAUGCUUGACCAUUCGUCCUGGCAAGACGGUUGCUCUUGUGGGCGAAAGUGGUUGCGGGAAAUCUACAAUCGUAGCAAUGUUACAAAGGUUUUAUGAUCCUGAAUCAGGCCGUAUUACACUCGAUGGAACUGAACUUCAAAAGUUGAACCUUAGGUGGUUGAGGCAGCAAAUGGGUCUUGUUAGCCAAGAACCAAGUUUGUUCAACGACACAAUUCGCACCAACAUUGCCUAUGGAAAACAAGGAAAUGCUACCGAGGCAGAAAUUUUAGCUGCUGCAGAAGCGUCCAAUGCCCACAAGUUCAUCAGUUCAUUAAACCAGGGCUAUGAUACAAUGGUAGGGGAAAGAGGAGUCCAAAUGUCAGGAGGGCAAAAGCAAAGAAUAGCCAUAGCCCGCGCCAUAGUGAAAGAUCCGAAGAUAUUACUAUUAGAUGAGGCUACCAGUGCACUAGAUGCUGAAUCUGAAAGAGUGGUUCAAGAUGCAUUAGACCGAGUAAUGGUGAACAGAACGACAGUCGUGGUGGCUCAUCGAUUAUCGACAAUCAAGAAUGCAGAUGUAAUUGCCGUGGUUAAAAAUGGAGUGAUCGUCGAGAAGGGAAGGCACGAGACUCUGGUCGCCAUUAAAGAUGGAGUUUAUGCCUCCUUGGUUGCGCUGCACACCAGUGCUUCAACUUAAGCAUAUGUACCCUGAGCUAUGUUCUUUUCUGCUUAUUUUGGACUUUGCUUUGUAAGGCAGCUGUUACUAUAAGUUUAUAACUGUCUGAAUGACCAAAGUAUUUCUUACAACUCCAGCAUUUGUUGAUAUAUUUCAUGAAA